CGGGAAAUCAUCGGAGGAGUCUGAUUGACCCAAACCAAGGCAUACAAGAGAAAAGUCUCAUAUUGUUGUAAGUUUUUCCUGAGCACUUUUUGUGGUUUUCUUGUGGCAAGCUUUACUGAGGUACUAACAAGGCCUUCGUUAAGGCUUGGGCUUUGAGAUUGCCAGCCAAACUCGAGGAAAUCCACCCAUUUAUGACUCUCGGUUCGAUGCAAGUUGGAGAAGUCAGAGUUGCGAAAGCUGAAGACUUUGAGCAGUUUCGGCGUUUGUCUGAAAGUGCGGAAAAAUGGGCUUUACAAUACGACAGAUGUGGUACAAAGGUUUACUCCAAAAUCACAGACGCGUCAACUGUGAAAAUGAUAAAGGUCGUUGCUCACUUUGCAGAUGUUCCAUUCAUGGUCCUCUACGAUGUCCUGCAUGACCCAGAGUAUCGGCGAAGCUGGGAUGAAAAUAUGAUAGAAUGUUAUGAACUUUGUCAGCUUGAUUGUAACAAUGACAUCGGUUAUUACUCAGUCAAGUGUCCUGCGCCAAUGAAGAACAGAGACUUUGUAACACAACGUUCAUGGAAAUGUAGUGAUUCAGACUUUGUUAUCAUCAACCAUACAGUCCACCAUAAGGCGGCUCACCCAAAGAAGGGAUUUAUAAGAGGCACAUCAAUUUUGACUGGGUACCAUGUGAAGGCCAAGAACUCAGGCUGUACGCUAACGUAUGUCACACAAGUCGACCCUAAAGGUACUCUUCCUAAGUGGAUUGUGAACAGAGUGUCUGGGAAAAUAGCUCCUAAGGUUGUUGCAAAGUUGCACAAGGCAGCCAUUGAGUACAAAAGCUGGAAGGACCUUCAUCAGCCUAGCUACAAACCUUGGAUAAAACCAGAACAGAACACCCUCCCAUUCGUCCGCUCUGAUGAUGUGGAGACCGACGAAUCUAGCAGUGGUUCUGAGCAGGAAGAGCCAGAGAAUGAGAUCAUUGUGGAGGAUGCAGGGACACCGUAUUCAAGUGAAGAUAAUCUUGAUGAAGGUUUAUGACAUUCUAAGGUAUCAAAGGUUAAUAUUACUGGAUAACAGAACGUUUUGUACAGGUAUCGCUUAAAAAAACAUGUAAUUUUCCAGUUUCAAACUUUCAAAUAGUCAAAUAGCUCAAAACAGGCAUCAACUCUAAACGUUAGACUCAUUCUAAAUGCUAGCUAAUGCUGUGAAACAAAAAAUUCAAGUCUCAUAGUUAUUGAGAAUCUUUACUUCUUAUAUAAAUUAUUUGCUUCAAUUAAGUAGACAUUAUGACUUCAAUAUUUAUUUUUGGAUUGCGAAAUGUUUUCUUUUGUUUGGUUUUAUGUGUUGAUUAGACAUGUUUAGUGCAACUUAUCCAUAAAGUUUUUCUGCUGGUCGGAGAAUGGAUAAAAAUGAUAAGUUCUAACACCUUUUUUAUGUUUUAUUCGCAUCCCUUUGAUUCCAUCAAGCCUCGGAUAUAUCUGGGAUGUUUACUUGUUAAUAAAAAAAGGUGAACAUAUUGUACAAUGACAAAUGCGCCCUGCACUACAGUAAACUUUAGUUAACAUUUACAGAAUUUCAGUGUCAUAAACAAAUAUAUAUCUUUUCGCUGAUUUGUUGAUAAUUCAAAGAAAUUAUAUGUGAGGGUAUUAUAAAAAAAUAUAUUUAAUUUGAUUAUCUCAUGUAUCUUAAGUAAACUAUUUAGGUAGUUGAAGAGAUAUUUAUUGAGCAUUUUGUUUCUACAUGCUUGUUGGGUCAGUGUAAACCUUUCCAUAUAAACAUGUUUGAAGCCCACAAAGUAAAUCAACUUGUUGAAAUGUAUUAAGCUAAGGUAUACCAGAGAUUUUCUUUUUUAAUUGUGAUUGAUUUGAUGAUGCGCUGAACCUUGAAGCAUGUGUGAAUUCAUACAUUAUCAUAAUAAUAAUAAUAUAAUAAUGAUAAAAGAUUUGUAGUGAGAGCAACCAAGUAUUUCAUAGAAGCAAUUACGAAAUGUAUUUUAUUAGGUGGUUUUCAUAUCUUUCAUAGUGAGAUGAGAAAUAAAGCAGUAUUGCCUAA